UGGAAAACCUCAUCCCCAAACCAGGCCAAAACCAUGCCAUGGACUGGGUGACAAUCUUACUACUGGCGAUUAUUUUCACCUGCUUCGCACUACUUCGUUCGGCAAUACCUUUCCGCUGUGGUCCGGAGGGCCAAGAUGACGAUCUGACCACCGGAAAACCAGAGGUUUGUGUCAUUUGUUUGGAAGAUGUCACGUCAGAGGAUCCAUGUCGCCAGCUGCCAUGCUGUGGUGUGGUGCAUACCUACUGCCUGCUGGAAAAGGAGAAAACUUAUCGUCAGGAGAAAGGAAUCCUUCAGUUUCCAUGCCCCAAGUGUCAGCUGCAGACUCUACAGACUGCAUUUUGCCCCGAGCUGGAAAGAACACAUUGUGAUUUUGUGGUCACUUCAGGAAAACUUGAGAGUGAAUGGAUCUACAAUGUGAGGCCCCCCAGUUAUAAGUUGGUUUAUAAGCCCCAGUAACUAUAGUUAUA